AUGGCCCGUGCCACGACGCGCUUCACUUCCUCUUGUCAUUGGCGACGUGCCUGGGCCUUGAAGCCCAAAGAAGGGCUCAUCUUCAAGAGCUUGGGAUAUUAUAGCGUCAUGGCGUAUGAACCCCGUGGGGAUUACUCCCGUCGAGGAGGUCCCGACGGUGAUGAUCUCCAUCAGCCGAGAGCCGUGAGAGGCCGCCGCCCCGUUACUGACUAUGGCGCGACCGUCUCUCAGUGGAUGCGCGACCGCAAUCCCGGCACGGGCUUCUUCUCAAAUGAGGAGGCUGAGAAGCCCUCUGCCAGCUACAUCUCCGACCACCCCGUCAACGUCGUUCGAUGGACACCCGAGGGCCGUCGCCUGUUGACCGCCUCGAGCAGUGGCGAGUUCACCCUCUGGAACGGCACAGGCUUCAACUUUGAGACCAUCAUGCAGGCGCACGAUUCUGCCAUCCGCACUCUCGCCUACUCGCACAACAACGACUGGCUCCUUUCGGCUGACCACGACGGCAUCGUCAAGUACUGGCAACCAAACUUUAACAAUUUGCAGAGCAUCACGGCCCACAACGAUCCUAUUCGAGACCUCGCAUUUGCGCCAAACGACUCGAAAUUCGUCACCGCGUGCGACGACUCGUCACUCAAGAUUUUCGACUUUGCCGGAGGUGUGGAGGAAUCAGUGCUCAAGGGCCACGGCUGGGACGCCAAGAGCUGCGACUGGCACCCCUACAAGGGUCUCCUGGUGUCUGGUUCCAAGGACCACUUGGUCAAGCUGUGGGACCCCAGGACAGGCCGCUGCCUGACGACAUUGCACGGUCACAAGAACACCAUCACCAAGACUCUCUUCGAGAAGGUCCAGGGCGACUGCCUCGCCACAUCUGCUCGGGAUCAGACCGCCCGCGUCUUCGACCUGCGCAUGAUGCGCGAUGUGUGUCUGCUCAAGGGACAUGAGAAGGACAUCUCGACCCUGACCUGGCACCCCCAGCACGCCAACCUCCUCACAACAGGCGGCCACGACGGCUCGCUCCACCACUACAUCACCGAUCAACCCAACACACCGCCCGGCCAGAAUGCCGGCAUCGCCCCCUACGACACGACAGACCCGUCCGGCACGACUGCCCAGACGAUAUACCCGUCGCACAAGGUCCCCUUCGCCCAUGAUUUCGCCAUUUGGUCACUCGACUGGCAUCCCCUUGGCCACAUUCUCGCAUCCGGCUCCAACGACAGGAUUACCCGCUUCUGGUCCCGCUCCAGGCCAGGUGACACAGACGUCCUCCAGGACAGGUAUCACAUCGGCGAGGCCGCCGCCGAAGCACAGGGAACCUGGGACCGCCGCGGCAUGCGUCGCCAGCGCCAGGAGGAAGAGGAGCAGGAGAUGGAGGACGAAGCCGAGGGUCUUGUCGACCAGAAGAUGCCUCUCAAGCAGGCCGCCGUCCCAGGCUUCCCAGGUCUCCCCGGUCUCCCCGGUCUCCCCGGCCUGCCCGGCCUUCCCGGCCUUCCAGGUCUCGCAGGCCUACCCGGCCUCCCGCAGCCCAACGCACGCACCCUGUGCCACCGCCCCCCAUGA